GGGCGGAGAAGCGGCUGGAGGAGCCGCGCUGGCCCGCUUCGGCUGCUCGUCCGCGGAGUCUGCGGUCUCCUGGCGUCUUAUAGUGCUUUCAGCGCGGCACCAUGGGGAAGCGGGACAAUCGCGUAGCGUACAUGAAUCCAAUCGCAAUGGCCAGAUCAAGGGGUCCAGUCCAGUCUUCAGGUCCAACAAUCCAGGACUAUCUGAAUCGACCACGGCCUACCUGGGAGGAAGUGAAAGAGCAGUUGGAAAAGAAAAAGAAAGGUUCCAAGGCUCUGGCUGAAUUUGAAGAAAAAAUGAAUGAGAAUUGGAAGAAAGAACUAGAAAAACACAGGGAGAAAUUACUAAGUGGAAAUGAAAGCUCAUCCAAAAAAAGACAGAAAAAGAAAAAAGAAAAGAAGAAAUCUGGUAGGAUUGAUUUCACUAAGUACUUGAGAGACUUAGUCAAAGAAAACAAUUCCUGCAUCUCACAAGCUUUAAUUGUUUUGUGCUUGGUCAAGUAUUCAUCCUCUUCUUCAUCAAGCUCUGAUUCUUCCAGCAGUUCUUCAGAUUCUGAGGAUGAGGAUAAGAGACAAGCAAAAAGGAGAAAGAAAAAGAAGAAUCGUUCACACAAAUCUUCUGAAAGCUCCGUGUCAGAGACUGACUCAGACAGUAAGGAUGGUUUAAAAAAGAAAAAGAAGUCAAAGGAUGUGUCUGAGAAAGAAAAGGACACUAAAGGACUCACCAAAAAAAGAAAGAUGUAUGAAGAUAAGCCAUUAUCCUCUGAGUCCUUGUCAGAACCGGAUAAUAUUGAGGAGGUACGAGCAAAAAAGAAGAAAAGCAGUGAAGAACGAGAGAAAACAAUAGCAAGAAAAAACUAAAAAGAAAAAGAAGCAUAAGAAACACAGUAAGAAGAAGAAAAAGAAGGUUGCUAGCUCAAGUCCUGACUCGCCGUAACAUCAAAAACAGACCAGGAUUACCUAUGAAGAGAGUGCAAUGUCUAAGGAAAUUUCAACUGUGAAAAUUAUGGCAUAUUUACUAAAGUGCAUGAAUUUCCUUGUUUUUAGAAUUAUUUCUGGACUGUUCAGUAGCCACUCAGAUUCCACCGUGUGAAAGGGCCGUACGUGUUUGCCUGCUGCUUGAACAUCAGCUUUCCUCUCCCAGGGCUUGAUGGCUGGGAGAUUAUACACUGCACUUGGACUAGUGGUUAAGACAUUUGGAAUAAAGCUAAUAUUUUUGACUAGAUGUAUCAAAUGAUAAAUGAGCAGAAAUUGGAUCUGGAGACAUUUUAAAAGUAUAAUCAGAAAUAACCAGAUGACUCUAGUUAAAAUUUUGUUGUAGGGAUUACAUUAAUAUUCCAAAAUCCCUACUCUGUAGAUAAGUGUGUGUUUCUUAUUUUUCCCCUUGUAUACUUUUAUUUACCUGGGGAAGGAGCUUUUAAGGAGGGUGGUUUGCUAUCUUUAGCUAGCAGAACAGCGUGCCUUUGAUCCUCACACAUCCUACUUUGUGGACACAGUAGCCAUGCUUCCUGGGGAGGUCGGAGCUGGGUACCGCAGUCUCGCCCUUGACUGAGCUUAUGACAUCUUCGGACUUUGUUGUAUGCUGCUUUGAGUAAACCAGAGAUACACAUCCCUUUGCAGCAUGAGAAAGCCCCCAGAGCUCUGGAAUUUACCUCCACUUAAGAAUAACUGAAUGUUUUUUAGCAUUAGAAUGUUUUGUUAUUAGAAUUAAUUUUGAUUACACUUUGGCUUUGGAGAGGAAUUGUUUCAAAUAGACACUGGUACUUUUUGAACUUGAUUGGUUAAGAUUCUAAAAUGCAUGUUUUAUACUGUCAAAGUUUUAACCAGUCAGGAAAUUUUUAUGUAACCAAUGAUAGUUAUUUUUUUGUAUGCAUUUUGUUUAGGCUGCAGUGUUUAGCUUUUGUUAACUCCUUACUCUUACUGUCUUAAGUUCAUUACUAUGUUUAAUGGCACACUUGCCAAGGUAUUUAGCAUGUAAAAAGCAGGGAUUUGUGUUGGUUUGUAUUUUACAGCUUCAUAUUGAAGCUGAGACUUACCUAAAGUUGAGUGGCAGGCUUGGUAUGCUGUAUCUUGUUACAUAUAAAGCUGUUGCCAGAAUCUUAGUAAAUACAAUGUUUUACAA